ACGUCAAAACAAAAAGCGCUGUCAUCUGAUCGUCUUUUGCUUUUGAUCAGGUGACAUAUUUUUCCUUCUCGAGUUCAGCUGCAAAAGAAAACCAAUCUCCACAAUGGCUCUCCUGUCCGCCGUCAAGGGAAAGCUGAUUUCCGUCAUCGGAGAUGAGGACACCUGCGUGGGCUUCCUGCUCGGUGGAAUCGGCGAGAUCAACAAGAACCGUCACCCCAACUUCAUGGUCGUCGAUAAGAACACCGCCGUGAGCGAGAUCGAGGACUGCUUCAAGCGUUUCCUGAAGCGCGACGACAUCGACAUCAUCCUGAUCAACCAGAACUACGCCGAGAUGAUUCGUCACGUGAUUGAUGCGCACACGUCGCCGACGCCGGCCGUGCUGGAGAUCCCGUCCAAGGAUCACCCGUACGACGCCAGCAAGGACUCGAUCCUGCGCCGCGCCAAGGGCAUGUUCAGCCCGGACGAUAUGAUCGCGAACCGUGGUUAAGUGGAGAAACUUCUACCCUUGGAUGGUAUGUUUUGAUUUUUUCGCCCUUUACUUUUGUUUAUACCUGUGUAAAAGAGAGAAAAUCUAAUAUCUUCUUGCUGGCUUCUGUGCAAAACUUAUGUAGCAUCAAUAAAAACCAUUCCGUAACCAUCGUGUCAUGAUCGUGUGUACAAA